GGCAUCCAGCGCGGGGCGAGCCUCUCAGCCGGCCGGGAUGGCCACGACGGCCGAGCUGUUCGAGGAGCCUUUCGUGGCAGAUGAGUAUAUUGAACGUCUUGUAUGGAGAACCCCAGGCGGAGGUUCUAGAGGUGGACCUGAAGCUUUUGAUCCUAAGAGAUUAUUAGAAGAAUUUGUAAAUCAUAUUCAAGAACUCCAGAUAAUGGAUGAAAGGAUUCAAAGGAAAGUAGAGAAAUUAGAGCAGCAGUGUCAGAAGGAAGCAAAGGAGUUUGCCAAGAAGGUACAAGAACUCCAGAAAAGCAAUCAGGUUGCCUUCCAACAUUUCCAAGAACUAGAUGAGCACAUUAGCUAUGUAGCAACCAAAGUGUGUCACCUUGGAGACCAGUUGGAGGGGGUAAACACGCCUAGACAACGGGCAGUGGAAGCUCAGAAAUUGAUGAAAUAUUUUAAUGAGUUUCUAGAUGGAGAAUUGAAAUCUGAUGUUUUUAUAAAUUCUGAAAAGAUAAAGGAGGCAGCAGACAUCAUUCAGAAGUUGCACCUAAUCGCCCAGGAGUUACCUUUUGAUAGAUUUUCAGAAGUAAAAUCAAAAAUUGCAAGUAAAUAUCAUGAUUUAGAAUGCCAACUAAUUCAGGAGUUUACCAGUGCUCAAAGAAGAGGUGAAAUCUCCAGAAUGAGGGAAGUAGCAGCAGUUUUACUUCAUUUUAAGGGCUAUUCCCACUGUGUUGAUGUUUAUAUAAAGCAGUGCCAGGAGGGUGCCUACUUGAGAAAUGAUAUAUUUGAAGAUGCAGCGAUACUUUGUCAACGAGUAAACAAGCAAGUUGGAGAUAUUUUUAGUAAUCCAGAAACAGUACUGGCUAAACUUAUUCAAAAUGUAUUUGAAAUCAAACUACAGAGUUUUGUGAAAGAUCAGUUAGAAGAAUGUAGGAAAUCAGAUGCAGAGCAAUAUCUCAAAAGUCUCUAUGAUCUGUAUACAAGAACCACCAAUCUUUCCAGCAAGUUGAUGGAGUUUAACUUAGGUACUGAUAAACAGACUUUCUUGUCUAAGCUUAUCAAAUCCAUUUUCAUUUCCUAUUUGGAGAAUUAUAUUGAGGUGGAGACUGGAUAUUUGAAAAGCAGAAGUGCUAUGAUCCUACAGCGCUAUUAUGAUUCAAAAAACCAUCAAAAGAGAUCCAUUGGCACAGGAGGUAUUCAAGACUUGAAAGAAAGAAUUAGACAACGUACCAACUUACCACUGGGGCCAAGUAUUGAUACUCAUGGGGAAACUUUCCUGUCCCAAGAAGUGGUGGUUAAUCUUUUACAAGAAACCAAACAAGCCUUUGAAAGAUGUCAUAGGCUCUCUGACCCUUCUGAUUUACCGAGGAAUGCCUUUAGAAUUUUUACCAUUCUGGUGGAAUUUUUAUGUAUCGAGCAUAUUGAUUAUGCUUUGGAAACAGGACUUGCUGGAAUUCCAUCCUCAGAUUCUAGGAAUGCAAAUCUCUAUUUUUUGGAUGUUGUGCAACAGGCCAAUACUAUUUUCCAUCUUUUUGACAAGCAGUUUAAUGAUCACCUUAUGCCACUAAUAAGCUCUUCUCCUAAGUUAUCUGAAUGCCUUCAGAAGAAAAAAGAAAUAAUUGAGCAAAUGGAGAUGAAAUUGGAUACUGGCAUUGAUAGGACAUUAAAUUGUAUGAUUGGACAAAUGAAGCAUAUCUUGGCUGCAGAACAAAAGAAAACAGAUUUUAAACCAGAAGAUGAAAACAAUGUUUUGAUACAGUAUACUAAUGCCUGUGUAAAAGUCUGUACGUAUGUAAGAAAACAAGUGGAGAAGAUUAAAAAUUCCAUGGAUGGGAAAAAUGUGGAUACAGUUUUAAUGGAACUUGGUGUACGUUUUCAUCGACUUAUUUAUGAGCAUCUUCAACAAUAUUCCUACAGUUGUAUGGGUGGCAUGUUAGCAAUUUGUGAUGUAGCUGAAUAUAGAAAGUGUGCCAAAGACUUCAAGAUUCCAAUGGUAUUACAUCUUUUUGAUACUCUGCAUGCACUUUGCAAUCUUCUGGUAGUUGCCCCAGAUAAUUUAAAGCAAGUCUGCUCAGGAGAACAACUUGCUAAUCUGGACAAGAACAUACUUCACUCCUUCGUACAACUUCGUGCUGACUAUAGAUCUGCCCGCCUUGCUCGACACUUCAGCUGAGGUUGAAUUCACAAACAAAGUGUGUUGUACUUCAUCAGGCCUCGGUUGAUAGAAAGCACAGGAGAUUCCUUAUGACACAGCCAACAUUUUAUGGAAAAAAUGACUGGAAGAAAACAGCAGCCAUACUGACCUUUGAAGUUUUAUUUGAAAUUUGGACACCCCUAGCUGUAUUUUGCUUUUUUUUUUUUUUUUAAGUUGAAUUUUAAUUCCAUUCUUUAUUUUAUAACUUUCAAAUUCUGUAAAACUGUGUCACUGUUUUCAUCCUAGAAAAUGUUGGUGUCAGAAGGCAAACAAAAUUUACCAGUGUUCCUGUUCGGGUUCUUUAACAUAUUCCAUCUUGAAAAUUUACCAUCCCAUUUUUCAUUAAGAAUGGGUGAAAUACAACAAAACCACAUUUAUUUAUUCACCAAUUUUUAUUGGCCUUUUCAGCACUGGCAAUUGUUAACCAAAUUAUUUUAGGUUUUCCUAAAGAAUCUUUUGCCUUUUUUGAAAGUUUAACAAUUAAGCAUAAUUUCUGUAGUUGGUUGAUUGGAGUGUUUUCUAAGAUACAGCAUCAGUACUAUUCCAAGAAAAAUGUUAUAAACUAAACUAAAAUGAUGAAAUGUUUUACGUAGACCUAGUGAAUCAGAAUACAUCUGUUUUCUGGGUAAAAGUAAAGUUUACUAUUUCUUAUUUGGUAAAUAAAUCUUAAGCCAAUUCUAGCAAGAAAUUAAUAAAACUACCUUAUUUUAUAUUUCACUUAAGGUUGAAGACCUUAACUAAAGGACCAUAUUUAUUCAUUAUUUUAAUAUUAUAAUGGAAGUAAAAAAAGUAAGAUGUAGUGAAAAUGGUGCAUAUGAGAAAUAUUGACAAUGUUUAGCAAACACUGCAAUCCUUUAAGAUUUCUCUCUAAUGCUAAACUUGAAUAAGAUGGGAUAAACGUGCAAGUAGUCUACUUUAAGAGGAAUUGGGAGUUGAUAGAUAACAUUAUAUACUGUAAGUCUGGAGACAAGCUUUACAAAUACUGUUUACUUUUCAGGUCUCUAGGUUUUUUCAUUGUCCUUUUUCAAGGCAUUUCUGAAGUUAUUCCUACUUAGAUAUGAUUACUCAAAUUGGCUUAAUAUGGUGACAUAAUAAAUCACUUACAAAAUUUUAAAGAUCAAGCAUAAAUUUAGACCAUUACUUUUAAGCCUUAAAACUUGCUCAGUGAGAAUGCAUUCUAAUUAUAUGUAGUGUUUCAGCUUCCAUUCUGUUGUUUAUAGUCUUCUAGAAACCAUAUAAAUUUUCAAUUCGUUCUUAACAUUUUUUUUUCUUUCAUAUAGGCUUUUUGGCCUAAUUUUGAAAAACUGCUUUUCUUCUAAGAACCUAAUUUUGAAUGAUCAACUUUACCAAACCUCCCAGGCCCAGAGCUAACUACUAUUUAAGUUACUAUUGACUGAAUUUUCUUCAUUUUCUGUUUAGCCCAGUGUUAUCAAGGUAAGCAAGGAAAAUGCAGUAUGCCAACUUUCAUUAAAGCAUUUUAGGACAUUGUGGUAACUUUAAAAGGCUUUCCAGAUUUCUAUUCCUUAGCCAAGGGAGAGCCAAAAGAGGUUUUGGAUACCAGAAAAAGUCAUAUGCUUGUACUAUUGCCAUUUUAGAAAGCUCUGAUGUGAAUUCAAAUUAUACCUCUGUUACUUAAAGCCAACUUUUAAGGCAGUAGUUUUACUGGCCAUUUGAACUCUUUGUACAGUGUCAAUUUGUAAAAAAAGAAAAAAGAAAAGAAAAAAAAUCUCAAAUAAAACACGAGAUAACACUUUAAGACUUCCGAGUCAGAAGCACUUCAGAUUAUUUUGUUUGAAUUAAUUUUUAAAAUGUAAAGCAUAUACUUGUUGCUUAGAUAUUUUGUUAAUUAUCAUUUCCUUGCUUGAGUUCUGUGCAAUAUUUUCCAUUAUGUCCAUUGAGAGGACAGUGACAAAACUCAUGAGUGAAUACUUAAUUUAGAAGUGUUAACAUUAAUGCUCAAUAAACAAAUUCCCUGUGAUUGUUUACUUCA